AAGCUGUUCUUCUCCAGCUCUUGUUCGCUUGUAUGGAGAGCGGAACUGUGAGGUGGACGAACGCGACUCACGGACCCAGUCGGACUCCGCAUCAGAGGAUAAGUCACGAACCUCCGCCAGGAUCCGGAUCGGAGCCCUGGACCCAGCUGGAACUGGACUUUAAGACACUUUCAAUAGUGUAGGUGGUGUGUUGUGUGUUCAGGCAGCAGUUUAUAACUUGUAUGGCAGCUUUCAUAGCAUUUUGUUACCGGACAAAGGAUAACAACACUGACCUGGCUGCUGCAGGAAAAGCGCAGAAAACACACCUGGGCUCCAUAUUUGACUCAUUUCACAUCCAAAUGACUGCGUUAUUUUAACAGCGGCGGCACAUCGACAUAUUUUUAUAAAGCUCCUUCGGCAGCAGCAGUUCGCCAGUUUAGCUGGGAAUUGAUCGGCGUGUGCUUAGCUAGCAGCGCACUUCUCCCUCAGCUCGGCCAAUCCGGUUACAUUCAGUUUGCUCAGGAAAAGAUGAUGCGGAUGCCCAAAGGCGUCUCCCCGGCAUCGGCUCGGCAGACAGUGGGUCUGUCGUGCUCUCAGCCGCACAAGAUGAAGGUCCUGUCCGCGGGAGGAGUGAAGGCCGAGUUCUUCAGCACCGGGCUGUCCAGCCCACCCAUGAGCACGGUACCGGCCGGGUAUUUCACCCAGAUCUGCAACACCACCGCGGCCGAACAAAGAGCCCACAGCCUGUACUCAACCCCCCACGGACCAGAAGCUAAGCCCAUCAGAUCAUCCUCCGGGCGACUACCGGCAAAGAGGAAGCUGGAUCUGGAGGAUCCUCUCUACCUCCCAGAGUUCCGCACACCGAAAGGCAAAGGCAGCAUUGCAGCAGCGCCGAGUCCGAGAACACCAAAGUCUCCAGGUGAGAGGACGCGCUACGACACCUCUCUGGGCCUGUUGACUAAGAAGUUUGUGGGUCUGAUCGCUGAGUCUCCCGAUGGAGUCCUCGACCUGAACUGGGCCACUGAAGUUCUGGAGGUUCAGAAAAGACGCAUUUAUGACAUUACUAAUGUCUUGGAGGGAGUCCAGCUGAUUCGCAAAAAGUCUAAGAACAACAUCCAGUGGCUGGUUGCAGAUGUGUUUGAGGGUGGGACAGGGGGUGGAGAGAAGGCCUGCAAUCUGAGGAAAGAGCUGGUAGAUCUGGAGAGAGCAGAGAAAUCUCUAGAUGACCUGAUCUACUCUAGCAACACACACCUCAAACAGCUCACUGAAUAUGACGACAAUCAGAGGCUGGCCUAUGUGACGUACCAGGACAUCCGCUCCAUCAGCAGUCUCCGAGACCAGACGGUCAUUGCAGUCAAGGCUCCUGCCGAGACCAAGCUGGAGGUGCCAGAAACGACAGGGCAGGAGUCAUUGCAGAUCUAUUUGAAGAGCAAGAAUGGUCCCAUUGAAGUCUACCUGUGUCCAGAGGAGGGUCUUGAAGACGCCAGCCCCGUUAAGAGCGUGGUCACCCCUGUAAAGGAGUUGUCCCAACCUCCAUGCCCACCAACAGCAACCCCAAUGGGACCGCCAAGUUACAGCGUGAAGGAGGAGCCCAUUGAAUCCAUGUCUACAUCCCCUCCAGCUGCGUCUUCAGCCGCGGCCGCCUCCUCCCCCCUGCUUGACGUCGAGGGUCUGCUUGGUUUGCCCCCGAGCCUCCUUCAGAUCACAGAGGACCAGCUAACUGGAGCGUCAUUCAACCCGGACAGCAACACUCCGUUUGUGAGCUUCUCUCCACCCCUGGACCAUGACGACUACCUCUGGGGCCUGGACGAUGGUGAAGGAGUGUCGGAUUUAUUUGACACCUACGAUCUCGGGGAUCUAUUGAAAAGUUGAAAGGGAGAGGCGGGGUUAGGUAGAAAUAUUUAAUCAAAUGCCUUUUCAAGGUAGGAACCAUUACACUAUGAAGCCAUUGUCUUUACCAUGCCUGUUUUAAUGUCAGUGAUAACAAAUAAGGACUUUACUUGUUUAUUUUAAGAAGGUAAAAAUCAUAAUAGUACAAUAGCCCAGCAGUGGGAUGUUGGGUGAGAUCAGCACUGGUGCGUUUAAACUCCAAAUAUACGGAAAAUAAAUAAAAUUUGUUUGGAAUAGCUUUUAAAAUCCGUAUCACAUCACCAAGAAAACAUCUGAAAGCUAGUGAGUAUCAGGUUUACAGUUGACAUCUCAGGAAUUCGUUCUUCCGUGUUCCCAAAGUUUAAAUGUUGGUGCCACUCCUCGGCCCAAAGGGGGCAGCCUUGUAUUAUGUCGGCUUUAAGUACAGCUUUACAGUAUUCAAUCACUGCACGAUAGUGAGCUGAAGCCACGAGGACUCACACACAGGGUGUCUUUGUAGGGGGCUCGUAAGGGUCCUCAGUGCUGACCUAAUGAAGCUGUGAUGUAAAAUCAAUCAGACGUUGGUGAAAACAUUGACCUGCGAGUCGUUUUAAAAGGUGCUGAUGUCACUGCUGUCUGAUCAAGUUCGCUGUCUUCUGUUUUAAGCUGGUCGAUGUCGGGCCCCGCACCGUUUUGGUGCCAAAGGGCGCAGGCUGGACGCAGCAUUCAGAGUUAAUGCUUUACAACACAGAACAAGACGAUCUCUUGUUGGCUUGGCAGCUUUGUUUUAAAUCUAGUUCUUCUACUGAUGGGAGUUGAUUUUUGUUACAGUUGAUUUUUGAUUUAGUGUAAAAAUACUAUUGUAUUUCUCAGGAAAUAUCCCCAAAUAAGAAUAAGAUGGGGUUGAUUGAAUUAAUGUUCAAAUAGAGGAUGUAUUAGUUUGACUGUUGUUUGAAAACAGUGACAGAUUUAUCUUAUUACUGUUCAAAUUUUAGUGUUCACAUUCUACAGCGCUUUCAGAGCAGCUGUGAAUUAUGUUGUUGAAACGUUCUAGAGAUUUGGUCGUUUGAAUUUGACGGUGAGGUAUGUUGUGGCUUUUCCCUCUUCCCUGCGGAGAUAAGCUAAGUGUCCUGUCCUAACAAAACUUGAAAUGCGUGUUUGUGUGUGUGCGUUUGGCAGUUUGGGAAAUGGGUGGUAGAGUGUUUGUGUGUCUGGUUUUUAAUAUGUAGACUUAGAGAAAUUGAAUUCACAACUAGUUUUUCUAAUGAGCAUUAUUUUUCUGGUAUUUGUACAUAAUUGUUUGUAUUUAUACCUAUAUUUUCAGAGUUUCUGAACGUUGACACUGCUCUUUGUGAAGGAGGCAGAACUGUUUUGUAUAACAUGCAGCACUUAAUAUUUUGUAAUAUUGUGUGGUCUGUUUAAAAUGAAUGAAUAAACACUGAAGCCAUGGUUUACACUUAA